AUGGAAGACCAGUUUGGCGGCCGCACCGACGACGACCUCUUCUACGACGACUUCGAGCCCGUCGAGAGCGAACCCGUCGUCGUCGCAGACGAGCCUCCGCCGCAGCAGCAUCAACAACCUGCUCCUCCGCCGCCGGCUCCUGCUCCUGUUCCCGCUCCCGCUCCCGUUCCGCAGCAGCAGCAAGCACCCGUGCCUAAACCCGCUGCUACUCCUCCUACCGCGCCCGCGGCGUCGUCCAAGAAACAGACGCAGGCCGCAAAGAAGCCGCCCGCCGCGAAAACAACCCCCGCCACCAAAAUCCCGCCCUCGCUCGCCACCUCGCGAUGGGCAGACAAGCCAGCCGCCACGACUACGACCAAGACCACGACCAAGACCGAGUCUUCGAAGGCGUCAUCCCCCGCGCCGCCCAAAGACUCGACCGCCGCAGACUCGAAACCCCCUGCUGCCCCCGCGUCGAGCUCGACUCCCCCGCGCGAUGAGCCCUCCACGUCCUCGCCCGCCGCACCACUCAGUGGCAGCGCGCCCACCGAGCCUGCAUCAUCUCAGUCCCCAACCGCCGCCGCCAAAGCCCCGGCAGCCACAGCAGCGGCAGCAGGAGCGGCAGCAUCAUCCUCGACGCCAGCACCGGCGGCCAGCAGCACCAGCACCAGCGCAGGCGGGCGACCCGCGCCCAACACGGCCGGCAACGCCGAGUCGCGCCUCAAAUCCGGCGCCAACCCGCGGCAGAAGCUCACCGACACGGAGCUCGCCGCCAAGAUGGAGCGGAUGAAGCUCCUCGCCGCCGAGCAGACGCGCAAGUUCGAGAUGUCGCAAAAGGACCAGCGCCAGCACGCCGAGUCGUACGCGCGCGGCAUGGAGGAGGCGCGCAAGCGCCGCGCCGAGGACGCCGAGCGCCGGCGUCGCGCAGACGAGGACCGCAGGCGCCUCGACGACGAGCGCGCGCGCAACCGCGAGCGCAAGCUCAAGGCCAUGGGCGCCAAGGAGGGCGGCUGGGAUGAGGGCAAGCUCGAGGCCCAGGAGGAGGAGGAUAGGAGGGGUUUCCGUGGUGCCAACGGCGGCGUUAGGGGCGUGAGGAGGGAGGGCGGUCUCGGCGGCAGUCGCUAUGCUGCGCGCGAGGGUGACGAGGUGCCCGACGUGGACCGCUUCCUUGACGACAGGUACCGUGGCGAUCGUGGCGGCCGAGGCGGACGUGGAGCCGGCCGCGGCGGUCCCAGUCGGGGAGGGGCCGGCAGGGGAGGAGGACGGCAACAACCAUCGCCGGCUGGUGGCAAGCCCGCCAACGCCGCUGCGCCGUCCCUCGGCACAGACGACUUCCCAGCCCUGCCAUCCGACGGCAAGAAGCCUAGCACCAGCAGCGCCGCAGACUCCAGCAAGGCCCCCGCCGUGUCUACGCCGCCUGCGCUGCCCACGCCCCCCGCGGUGGGCAAGUGGGACGACGAGAUGGAGGCGAUGGACGAGCUCAACGAGCAGCAGCAGCAGCAGGGGAAGUAG